UCUAACACACAUUUUUAGUGUUGUGUGUUUACCGCGCUGUGCACGUUUUGAAAGUAAAGAAAUCUCACACUCUACACACAUGACACACUCAAGUUAAAUAAUUUCUGAAUGAUGAAAUUGAAGACAACCUGUCUACCAAAAUGACUGACUUCAUGUUUGGAGACGUACCGGAUAUGGGUCCGUUAGAGGAGGGACCGGAUGACUAUGACGAGUUUAAUGACGAGACCUUUGGAAGUGUACCGGAAAUUGACAACUGGCAGAACACACAUGAGAAGUUCAGCACAGGAUAUGGGAAUGCAACAGUGGAUUUUGAGGAUGAUUUUAAACCAAUCAGGUCAAAGACGCCUGAUGACUCUGGCUGCUAUAGUGGGGAGAGGGGUCGAACUAUUGAGGAGAGCUUUGAGAAGAGCAUCAGUAAGCUAGUGUUGGACGAUGAGGAAGAAGAUAUGUAUGGGCCUUCUCGCUCGUCAACAAAGUCUCAACCUAUUAAAAUUGGAAGUGAUGGAGCUAACAUGUCCCAGCUGUUUGGGCCGUCCUCACCACCAGCUCUCUUUGAUCCUCAGGAGUUCAUCUCACCGGGUAGUAGGAGAAACAUCUGGGGCUCGCCGACCCCAACCAACACUGCCAUUGCAACAGAGCAACAUCUCAAGUCCAUACUUAAUAUCCGUCCCAAGGAGGAACACUUAGAGGAGCAAGCUGGAGGAGAGCCAGCAAAGAAAGUGUUCACCCUGGAGGAGUUGGAACGCAACCUGACCAGCAGAGCGCCCCCAAAGCGCACUGUAUCACCGAUCCUCGGCUCACCACCCAUGAGUCAAAUGAUGCCAGUCGGUACCCCUCCACAACAUUCAUUUAUGCAGAGGACACCUGCUGGUAUUCUGCACCAGCAACAGCAUCAGUUGAAACAGCAACAGCAGCAGUUACAACAACAGCAGCAGCAGCUCAACAGCAGCAGCAGCCAGCAACCUAUGACCUCUCAACAGCAGAUGGCAUCCUCCCAUGCAGUACAGCAGCUCGUCCAGCAGAUACAUCAAUCCAUAGGCGGGCGUGUCUCACCUACUCAGAUCACCCAGCUGGUGCUAAGCAUGCAAGCAGCAAGCGGUCGUGCUUCCCCCAACCAAAUCAGACAGCUCAUCAUGGCGUCACAACAUGGUAGUGCCUCACCUUUUCCUAGACCCAUGGGACCGGUUGUGACGCCCACUCCCAAGGGUAUGGGCCCCUCUCCGGGGAUGACGCCCAGACCUGGUACACCACGCCAAGGGGGUCCACCUCGUCCGGGUACACCCAUGCAGCAGCAGAGGAUGGGAUCACCCAUGAUGCAACAGCAGCAGCGUCCCAUGUCACCCAUGAUGCACCAGCAACGUCCAGGCUCACCGAUGAUGCAACAGGGUCGACCUCCCAUGAUGCCGUUCUCACCGGGUGGUAUGAUGGGUGGUCAGCCCCCUCGCACACCCCAUGGAAUGCAUGGCCCAGGACCUCACAGGAAUUUCAAUACCUAUGGCCUUACACCAAUGCAUCCACAGAUACCUCCAAUGCGACCUUUCUCUGACCCUGGUAUGAGAAGAAGAUUCCCAUUCAAUGCCAACCAGAGGCCAUACUCACAAACCCCAAAUCGCUAUGGCGACCACAGACAGCAGCAGCAGUGGCCUAACCAGAACCAGAACCGGUUCAACGAUCGACGGUUCGGGCCGGGCGGCGAUGCCAAUGUUGAUGAAUAUGCAAAUCUGAUGACACAACGUGAGAAGGAAUGGGUUCAGAAGAUUCAACUGUUGCAACUCCAGAGUAAUAACCCAGAUGUGGAUGACUAUUACUAUCAGGCGUACAUGCAGAAGAAGCAGGGACUUGAGGAACAGGGAAGGGAAGGAGUACAGGGAGAAAAGAAGAAUAAUGGAAAGGAUGCCAGCAAGAUUAUCCCUGCUAAGAUAUUAGAGGCUAGAGUCUAUCAACCAGCUCAAUUUGAGGGUGCUUUGGGUCGAGUGACGUCAUCUAGUGUUAAUAAUCCAAGGCAGUUGAUUGACUUCCACAUUGAGGCUCCAGCAGAUGAAGAUGAGAAUGCCAAACCCAGUGCUGCUAAAGAGCAGAGUAAGAGACGUCGAACCUUACUGUCCAUCGAGAGAGUUUACGGCAUUCUACUUCAACUAGACGACCUUGAGAAACAGGUAUUAACAUUACCUGAAUCUGAUCGUGGCACGUUGAUUGAGAAACGACAGAACCUUGUGAAUACAAUCUAUACCAGCUUGAAACCUGAGACUGUCCUCUGUGAUAGACCUUCAGAUGAUCACUUUAUCCAGGUUCUCGCUGUGCGUAAAGGCAGGAAGUUGGUCGCCAGAGUCCUGCCGCUCCUGGACAGAAAAGAAGCCCAGUGUGUGAUCCAGGCAAUCCUUAGAAAUCUUAGCUUCCUUCUCAAGAAAGAGUCUCAAGAAAUGCAGAGGGAACUAAAAGAUGUGCAGAAGGGAAACGUUCAAGAGACCUUACCGAAACUCAUAAUACCAGUGUGGCGUUGCAUCCAGUCAACAACCCUGUCGGAGCUUACCUGUAUAGUCAAGCAAUUAACAGCAGGAGCUAGUGGGGUCUCCCCACCCCGACAAUACAGCUCAGUUAUGUCACUCCAGCUACAAAGCAAGUUUGGUGUGUCUAUCGUGCUGUGUCUGCUUAGUCAAGGAGAGAGGAUCUACACCACUACAUCAAUGGUGGACUUGGAAGAAGACACGCAAAAUGAUUGGGUGGAUUGUGUGAAUCAAAUUGCUAAAGACAUCUGUGUAGUGGACAGCGACUCCAUACCACAACCUCUCCUCAUGUUCAACAACAUCCUGCCUCACUUUGCACGCUUUGUCAGCAAGCAGACAUUCAAUGCACUGGAGACCAGACUCGGAUCGAUUACAGAGGAUAAGAUUGGCAAGUAGCUACACUGAUCCCCCUAUCCAUUGUAUAUAAAUCCUUUCUAAUACAACAUCCAAUAAUACAUGUAUUCUCUUUUUUUUGUAAAGAAAAUCAUCGAAAAGGUAAUUAAGUAACUUGCUUAAUGGGAAGUCUGAAUCAAAUCUUACACAGAAACAUACAUUCCAUUGAGGUAGAAUAAGCUUGAUUUAAACAAUGUGCCUUGCAAGGCAAUUUUUAGAAGCUUUUUUAUCACUGAUGUUUCUUCAACAUCCAAAUUGAUGAAAUUCAUUGUAUGGUUUGUUUCUUGUAACUCGUGAAGUGUCCCUGGUCAUUUGAAGCGGCACAAUGUUUGUACUGUGUAUUGUAAGGGCUGGUCAAACAGGCACUAUUUAUAAUGCAUUUGUAUUGGUUACAUUACACCAUGUGACCAUAAUUUGACCUUUGUGAAAGUUCAGGUUGUGACCCAAAUAAAGCUUGAGAUGUAAGCUUUGAACUUAAUGUAGGCCUUGACUACACUCUAGAUUUUUUAUUUGGAAUAUCUGGGCAAAAAAGAGAAAAACAAAAUUAAUUUUACAGCAUAAAGGGUCUGGGUACCUUUUGUACAACACAACACACUAA